AUGGCUCUUCUCAACGGGUCCUUCGCGACCUUCCUGAUCGUAUGCCCAACAUGUUUCUUCCUAGGCAUCAUCUUCUCCCUCUUCCCCUACGACUACCCGAUUCUCUGGUCAACUGUCCCAACCCCAGAAUCCCACUUUGACUACCUAGAAGCGCAUCUCCGCUUCCUCCAUGCCUCCCCGCCGCUGAUCCCGCGCAUCCUCCACAUCGUAAUCUUCCUCGGUCUCGCAGGCCUAAUCUCCAAGCUCUACCGCCCCUCCGAAUCAAACAUGCUCUUUGACGGCGCCUCCCUAGUCCUCUACAUGUGCGGCGUCACCGUCUACAUCGCCAACAUCGUCAAGGGUCUCCGUCUCGCCUCCGCUGGACAGUAUGGAAAUGACCUUGUCGCCAAUGCAGAGGACAAGGAUCAGAUUCUCGGGCGCGAGGACUCGCUCAAGGUUCUCGCCGCUAGUAAUACUAUUCUGGCGCUUGUGCUUGUUGGUAUUUUGGUCCUGCAGGCUGGUCAGUGGUACGCCGAUCGGAAGGAUGCGCAGGAGUUUGAGGAUCUGGCCACCGGUAAAAAGGAUGAUGCAGAGCCUGAGGCUGUUGCGUCGGGGUCGGCGAAGCCUGGUCGUCAGGGGAGUCAGCGGAAGAAGAGCAAUUAG